AUGUCGGAUAUAAACGUACAAAAUCUUUCUAAUAAACAAAAUGGGUUAAACGAGUCAACAGAAGUUGACACUACAAGUAAUAAUGACACCACUUUAUGUGUUUCGCCGUAUCCUUCAUUAAUAAAUGAUACGUCCACGUCUUUUAACCUACCAUCGGUUGAGAAUCGGACAGAUUCUAUUGAACAACCUUUAAAUCGUGAAGAGUUUCGUAACAACAUAACGAAAGAACAACCAACGUCUCAAAGUUUUACUCAAAUAAUUGAAGAGAAUGUUGUACCUCAUGAUCAAAGCGAAGAGCAACCUAAUAAAGGCUCUCUAGAGGAUGAUAAAUUAACUAACUACGAACAGGAAUCAACUGGUGAAACAAACCAUGAUUCUGUCCAAGAAGAAAUAGUUACUGUUCUCGGUGAAGGAGUAGUUCAUACUCCACCGAGUUUGUGUGUGAUAGAGAUAGAUGUGCCAAACAAUCAGACAAAAAUGCCUUUAUCCAUCCCUGACAAUAAUACUAUACAGAACCAGGUUUCGCUUGAAAAAUCUGUCGAACCAUACUGUCAAUCUCCAACGCCAGAGUUAUCUAAUAUUCCUCAACCAUCCCUUGAGCAAUCAUUACCUAAAACUGGAUUAACUAAUCAAAAUGAAAAUGAAAAUAACAAUAUGGAUACAGAUGAUAUUCUCGUUUCCCAAAUUGAUCAAGAUUCAAUUUCUAAAUCUUUUCGCACAAAAGCAGCAGAUCUUUUUGACGUCCCAAAUAAUGUUGCUACAAAUAAUGUUGCUACUGCAGGUGAUACGUCACAUUGUGAAUUUGGCCCAAGUUCAAAUCCUAAUAUUACUGAAAACACACCUUCAUGGGAUAAUUCUGUUAAUAAUUCUACGGAAUAUAAUUAUGGCAAAGAACCUCGUAGAUGGCGAGGCCGUCGUUCCCCAAGUUCUCAAGCUGAUAAUGAGAAAUCUGACCAUAAACUUCCUUUUAAUUUGCCUAAAUUAACCGACGCAGAUUUUCAGGCCUUGCCAUCUGGAUCACGUUUAUUUUUAGGAAAUUUGUCUACACAUUCCACUUCAAAAAAAGAACUUUACGACAUUUUUUCCCCUCACGGGGAAAUCUUGCAAAUAUCUAUAAAAAAUAGUUUUGGUUUUGUUCAAUAUAAUAACCCAGAAAGUGUUAAAAAAGCUAUUGAGAAGGAAAACGGUUUGGAAGUCUCCCAUGGUAAACCGUGGCAUCAUAUACCACCGAAUGAGGAUGGGUCCAAACCUUCAUUUGCUAACCGGCAAGAAAAACAUUGGAAUCAAAGAGGAUGUAAGGAAGAUUGGUACCAGAAUGAUCGUGAUUAUCCUCUAGGACGAGGGCAUCAAGGUCAAUCUUAUCCAGAUCGUCGAUAUGAUGAUUACGAUCGUCGGAAUACUGAUUAUAAAUUUGACCGUCGUGCUUCAUAUGAUUCAAGAGGUGGCUACGAAUAUUCUGAUCAGAGAGAUUAUCGUUCUCCACAAGAAUAUCGUGGUGAUUAUAAAGAUGAACAUGAAUAUCGACCUCGGGACGAUAGAGGAUAUCGUCGUAGUUCAUAUCGUGAUGAGCAUCGCGAUGAAAGAUAUGCGCAACGUUCAAAGCCCUAUAGAAUCCCUUCUAGGGAUUACAUGGAACGAAGACAAAGUCGUGACCAUCCUUAUCGAUCUCAAUCUCAUGAUGAACCUGAUGAUGAGUUUCCCUUACCUCGGCGCCAAGGAAAUGAUGUCCCUGAAUGUCAAAUAAUCGUACUUGAAGAAGUGGAACGUAAUUUUCUUUGGCAAGUAGAAAGUUCUUUCCGCGAAGCAAAUAUCACUGUUCAUACCCUUCAUUUAUCUCGAAAACUUCAUAUUCAAGCUGUUAUUCGCCAAAUGAUUGUUGAAGGAGUUCAUGCGGUUGUUUUCAUGGAACGGCACAAUGCAAUAAACGGUCGUGUAAAUAUGCAAAUAUUCGAUCAAUCUCGAGUAAGAGAUAAUGUCAAAUACGAUGAAUACAAUAAUAUUAAAGUUGACGAAGCAGUUAACCUUUUAUUGAGAACUCGAAUUCUGCAACGGCAGGGCGAUCUUAGACCGCCAGAUAACCUAUUGCUUAGUGGUCAACCAAAUUUAUCACAAUCACAACAAGGACAGCCAGGUCCAACUGGGCUUCAUCCAAUAUCUUUAAGCAACGUUAAUUUUGCCGCACUUGCAAAUCUCCUUGGGACUCUUCAGCAACAACAACCCCCCACUAAUCCUAACCAGGGAAUUCAACCAAUGUCGAUGAUUCCUUUAGGAGGUAUUCAACCUUCUCAACCAGGUUUGUUGAACCAACAACAGCCUCAAAACAUCGAUGUUCAACAAUUACUUAGACAACUUACACCCCAAAACACCGGACUUCCAAACCAACCUCCUUUUAUGCCUGUGCCCCCACAUAUGGCACCUAACCUUGGCCCACCACCUUCGCCCUAUAAUGCCCCGAUGGUGGGUCAACCUCCCAAUAUCGUUCCUCCUAACCCAAUUACACCUAAUGGAUUGUCCCUAACUCAGCAUCAAUCUCAACAUAUUAAUCCCAAUGUACCACAAUUUUCAACCACAAUUUCUACUGCUUCUAAUGUGACAGACUUAAUGGCACAGUUUAAGCAAUAUAGCAAUCAGCGCUAA